AUGGAGCCUUUAGACGCCGUUGACACUAUACAGGAGAAGCCGUUAGAGACCUUGAAGAAUCGACUCAAAGAACUUGUGAUCCUCCUGGGUCCAGAGUACGCGGAGCUCCUUGUUUAA